AUGCCAUUAGAUGGAGAACAUCCAAACUCCAAUAGAAAUUCUGGAAAUUUUAGUUCAUAUCCCAUCGGCGGUGGAAUUGGUCAGCCACGCCAAGAUAACUUCUCCCCGUCGAUGACAAACCAACCAACCCAUCACCGCACGAAUCACAGUGAGAUUACCGCAACUACUCAAGUGGAGGGAAUAUGA